GUAUGCACCUGACAGAACUCUGCAUGGACAGCAGUAGAUGACUUUGACAGGGCCUGUGACGAGCACAUCCGUGUGUGUGUUCGCUCCGUGGAAAGAAGACGUUCAGAGGUGAAGGAGCUCGUCAGAGCCCAGCAGGGGGCAGCAUGGUCGCAGGCUGGGAGUCUGACAGAGAGGCUGAUUAAGGUGGAUGGUGAGCUGACUAAGAGAGACCGCGAGAUGAAACAGCUUUCUCAGACAGAGGACCCCAUACACUUCCUAAGGAGUUUCCAGUCACUUGGUGAUCUUCCUGGAUCUCAGACCUCAUCUGCAAACUCUGUGGUAAAGUGUAUUACUGAACAAAGAGAAAAACUGGAAAAUAUGGUCAAGGAAGAAACGAGGAAGAUGUUCAACUCUCUGCCUCUUCAUAAUGACAUGGUGACAGAAAGCCCACAUCUUUUUCCAAUGAUAGAGAUCAAAUCAAAGAGAGAUAUAAGCGCCUCUUGCUACUGCAAUGUGGCGGUGGAUCCCAUUACAGUGUGUCCAUGUCUCCACCUCUGUGAUGAAAACAGAACAAUCUCCUGGAGUGACCAGGUCAUGUCCCACCCAGACCACCCAGACAGGUUCAGCUACUACCAGCAGGCCCUGAGCAGGGAGGGUCUGUCAGGGACCUGCUACUGGGAAGUGGAGUGGAGUGGUGGUGUUGUUAAUGUGGCUGUCUCCUACAGAAGCAUCAGGAGGAAAGGCUGGGGGAACGACUGCUGCUUCGGGCACAACGACCAGUCCUGGUGUCUAGCCUGUUCUUCAUCAUCUUGUUUAUUCUGGCAUGAUAAGAUGUUCAAGCCUGUUCCUUUCCCUUGCUCCUCCAGAGUGGGAGUGUAUCUCAACCACAAGGCAGGAGUUCUGUGCUUCUACAGCGUCUCUGACACAGGUACAAUGAGGCUCCUGCACAGAGCGCAGACUAUAUUCACCGAGCCCCUCUACCCUGGCUUUAGUGUUGACCAAGGAGCGAUGUUAAAGAUAUGUGCAGCUAAGAAGAUAAACUGACAAUUUGAUACCUUUCAUUUUAAUGAUGUACUUCUGCCAUUCACACAGUAUUUUGUAUUAGUUCAAGGAUAAACAUGGGAUUUGUCUUAAGUUGAAUUAACUAUUUUAAGCAAUGGAUGGCAAAUAGAAAUAUCGUAAAUUAAAGAUUCAAUGCAUACAUUGAGCUGAAUAACAACUAAAGGAAUGGUUUUGUGUCCACCCAAAUGUAACAGUCCAAUUUGACAACGACAUAAUUCUUGAAUGUCAGCCUUAAAAUGUUAUGAAAGUAAAUGAUUUCUUAUUUUUGGUUGUCAAGUUGAUUGUAUGACAAAUUGCUGUAUAUGAAU